AUGGGAAUGCCUUCAGACUUUGGGGUGAGCCCGAAAGGUCUGAGGACUGAAGGACGAAAUCGAGCGGUCUCGUCAUCACACGAGCCCGAGAAGACACUGAUCUCGUCAUCAUAUACGAAAUCAAGUGGUCUCGUCAUCACACGAGCCCGAGAAGACACCGAUCUCGUCAUCAUAUACGAAAUCGAGCGGUCUCGUCAUCACACGAGCCCGAGAAGACACCGAUCUCGUCAUCAUAUACGAAAUCGAGCGGUCUCGUCAUCACACGAGCCCGAGAAGACACCGAUCUCGUCAUCAUAUACGAAAUCGAGUGGUUCUCCUUUGCAUUCGCCAUGGCCGAGAGAAAUGGACCGGAUAGGAUUUCUUCAAAUAUACUUGGGCCAAUUGAGAUUUUCUUUAACCGCAUCGAUUUUCUAUCCUGCCUUUAUCAUUCUCAAGUGGUUCCUGCUUUGUUCCUUCUGGUUUGGUAUGACUCUCCUUUGA